AUGUGCUUAUAUCUUUUUUUUUAUUUCUGUCUCUUUCUUUAUAUUUUUCUGCCAUCUUUUUUUUUUUCUUAUUUCUUUUUAUUUGAUUUCUUUUCAUUCAUAUUUCCUGUUGUCUCAUUGUUUUUCUUACACUUUCAUUUUAUAUUCAUUUUCAUUCUUAAUGCAUCAUUCUUUUCCCUUUUUUUUGUAAUAUCAAUAUCCUUUAUUCCUUCUUUCAUUGGGGCAUUCACUUUUUCCAUUAUUUACACCUUUCUCUAUUUUCCUUUCCUUCAGUUACAUGAUUCAUUCAUCAGCAUAUACAUGUUUUUGCAUCUAUCUAUCUAUCUAUCUAUCUAUCUAUCUAUCUAUCUAUCUAUCUAUCUAUCUAUCUAUCUAUCUAUCUAUCUAUCUCUCUCUAUAUAUAUAUAUAUAUAUAUAUAUAUAUAUCUGCAUAUAUAUAUAUAUAUAUAUAUAUCAUCUUUCUAUUUUUUAUUCAUCUAUCUAUCUAUCUAUCUAUCUAUCUAUCUAUCUAUCUAUCAGUGUGUACACCUAACACAAUACCUCACCGUGGCACGUGAAAUUGGAAAGUUGGACACAAGAGAAUUUGUAACGCAGAUACGUCGGUAG